AUGAACAGGCUCUAUGAACUUCUCCACAACAAUACAGGUCCUCCUUUUCCAUGGAAUGUGACCAAAAACCCAGACCCAUGUUCAUGGAAGGGAGUUACAUGCAGUCCCAGCAACUCUUCCAUCAUCGAACUUUCUCUCUCUUGGUUUUCUCUCUCAUCCUCCGAUAUUUUAUCUGAGUUUUGCAAGAUUGAUACUUUGGAGUCUCUUGAUCUCUCCAACAAUCAUUUGAGCUCAAUCCCUGAUCAAUUCAUCACUGAUUGUGGAGGGAUUAGUGGGUUGAAAGUAUUGAAUUUUAGUAGGAACAGAUUGGUUGGUUCUUUGCCUACUUUUUAUGGUUUUGGUGUGUUGGAGUACUUGGACUUGUCUCAUAAUUAUCUGAGUGGAACAAUUGGUUUACAAUUAGAUGGGUUAAAUGGAUUAAAGACGUUGAAUCUUAGUGACAACCAAUUCAAUGGGUCAGUUCCUACCCACCUUGGAAAAUUAAACCUCUUAGAGGAGCUAGAGCUUUCCACCAAUUUUUUUCAGGGCGAUAUCCCCCAAGAAAUUGCAAAUUAUGGGAAUUUGACUCUGAUUGAUUUCAGUGUCAAUCAUCUUUCUGGGUCAAUCCCUGAUAGAUUUGGGGAGCUCUCAAAAUUGAAAACCUUGAUUCUAUCUGCCAAUUAUUUGAGUGGUGAAAUCCCCCAAUUCCUUUCUAGUAUUGGGACACUUUUGCGAUUUGCAGCGAAUCAGAACAAAUUUAAAGGUACUGUUCCAUCUGGGAUUGCUAGGUACCUCAGGAAUUUAGACCUUAGCUAUAAUAAGUUGAAUGGGACAAUUCCAGGGGAUUUUUUAUCCUCCUCAAAUUUGCAGUCUGUGGAUUUGAGUAACAAUUCAUUGGAGGGGUCAAUACCUGCAAACAUGUCUGCAAACUUGGUUAGGAUUAGAUUGGGAAGCAAUUCUUUGAGUGGGAUAAUCCCCUCAUCUUUUGGGAUGCUUCAUAAUUUGAUGUAUUUGGAGCUGGACAGCAAUAGGUUGAAUGGAUCAAUACCUCCUGAGUUGGGUUCAUGCCAGAACUUAGCUUUAUUGAAUUUAGCUCAGAAUAGACUGAGUGGUGGUAUACCGCCGCAGUUGGGUAAUCUUAGCAAUGUUCAGGUUUUGAUGCUUCAAUUUAACAACUUGAUUGGUGAAAUCCCAUUUCAGAUUACUCAAUUACAUAGGUUGCAAAGAUUGAAUAUGAGCUGGAAUUCGCUAACUGGUUCGAUCCCUGCUUCAAUUUCAAGUUUGCAGAGCCUUACCAACUUGGGCUUGCAAAACAACAAUUUUCGUGGUCCAAUACCUUCUUCAAUUCGCAGCUUAAAUUUUCUCAUAGAACUCCAACUUGGGAAGAACCAACUUAGUGGGACAAUCCCAGAGCUGCCACCAAGAUUGCAAAUUUCUUUGAAUCUCAGCAAUAAUCAGUUUGAAGGACCUAUUCCACACUCUCUUGCUGGAUUAACUCAAUUAGAGGUAUUGGAUCUCUCCGACAACAGGUUUUCUGGGGACAUUCCUGAUUUCCUGACUCAGAUGACAGUUCUAACGCAACUGUUGCUUUCAAACAAUCAGCUUUCUGGAGUUGUUCCAAAGUUUGGGCCACAUGUAAAUGUCAAUAUAACAGGGAAUAAGGGCCUGAUUAACAUAACAUCGAGCUCUUCACCCCCUUCGCCAAAGAAGAGAAACAAAGUUGCUGUAGCGAUUGUCAUUGCUGUUGCAGCUGCUGCCCUGGCGGUUGGGGUAGUUGCCCUUAUUGCUGUAAAGGUCUCCAGACGGUUGUACAGAAUUAAUGACGAGCACUUACAAUCUGGAGAAGACCUUCAUCAACCCCAGGUCAUCCAGGGCAAUCUUUUAACUGCAAAUGGCAUGCAUCGGUUGAACAUCGACUUCAGGAAAGCCAUGGAAGCUGUGGCUCACCCCACAAAUAUCAUCUUGAAGACAAGGUUCUCAACGUACUACAAAGCUGUCAUGCCAUCUGGUGCAAGCUAUUUUGUCAAGAAGCUUAACUGGAGCGACAAGAUAUUCCAAUUGGGUAGCCAUGGGAAAUUUGGAGAAGAGCUAGAGGUCCUCGGAAAGUUGUCCAAUUCAAAUAUUAUGACUCCUCUGGCCUAUGUCUUGACUGUUGACAGUGCUUAUCUCUUUUAUGAGUUUGCCCAAAAUGGUACCCUUUUUGAUGUUCUUCAUGGUAGGUUGGGAUAUGAUAUGGAUUGGGAAACUCGUUACAGUAUAGCUAUCGGAGUAGCUCAGGGCUUGGCUUUUCUCCAUGGAUGCCCAUCGGGUCCAAUUCUCCUCCUUGACGUUUCCAGCAAAAGCAUUCUGCUGAAGUCCCUAAAGGAGCCGCAAGUUGGGGACAUUGAGCUUUGUAAGGUGAUCGAUCCUUCAAAAGGCACAAGCAGCCUUUCAACUGUUGCUGGCUCGGUUGGUUAUAUUCCUCCAGAAUAUGCCUACACCAUGAGAAUAACAAUGGCUGGCAAUGUCUAUAGCUUUGGUGUCAUUCUGCUAGAAUUGCUGACAGGAAAGCCAGCAGUUAGUCAAGGAACCGAAUUGACCAAGUGGGUGUUGAGCAACCCGGCGCAGCAAAAUAAGUGGGAUAACACUCUUGAUCUCACUGUGAGCAGAAAAUCAGUUGCCAUUAGGAGCCAAAUGGUGGCAGUCCUGAAGGUUGCUCUAGCUUGUGUCAGUGUCUCACCCCAAGCCAGGCCGAAGAUGAAGAGCGUGUUACGAAUGCUCCUAAAUGCAAGGUGAGCCGAGCUGAGCCUUGGAGAUAAAAUAUACUUGAGCGCGGAUUAGAGCGAUAUAGGACCAUGAGUUUGCCACUUUGUGUGUUACUAUUGUAGAUACAUAGAAAGCUUCAAGAUACGGAAUAUGAAUUAGAGCUGUUGGAUUUUAGAAUUCAACCUGGAUGUAAUAUAGAUGAGUUGUUUGAGUUGUGAUGGAAGAAUCAAUCCAUCAUAUGAAUUCAGCGAUUUGCCUGUGUCUAAUGGAAUUUCUUCCUUUUUCAUAUAAACUCCAUGAUCUUUGUAUUGG